AUGACAGGUUCUAAAAGCAUACUCUCUCGGUUUACAUCCUUCUCAUUCGGGAGCAGGACUGAUAACUCAAGCACGAACGCAUCUGACCCAUCUCAUCAACCGUCUGGCUCUCAGUUCGAGUCUUCAGCGUUAACUGUUGGCGGAGGAGGUACAAAUGCGACCCUGGCAAGCGAGUGUCCAUCUACCGGGACAGAUGUGGUCGUGGACAUCAUCAAACGAAGCCUUGCUGCCAACGUCUCUCCUUUAGGCUGUGAAUUUCUGAUUGAAUGGUUCCCAAGUGUCAAAGCCAUCAAGUCUUCAAAGUCUCACACCGUCCAGGUGACCCGUUCGACAGCGCCGCAGACAAAGAAGCCGCUAGAUUUUCAGGCAAGGCCCAAAUUCCUCCAAUAUAAAUUCGCGCCCAAAGAAUUUGAUCUGCUGCAAAACGUCAAGAGCGAAAAUCCGAUCGAUGUCGAGAUCAACGACGAGUCCGUCAUCAUGAUCCUGGAGAAGACUGCCCCGAAUCAGGAACUCAAUGACCUGUUCGCCCUUCGUUCUGCGCAAUCCCAUUCUCUCAAGGUGACAUUCUUGGGCGACUGGAAAAAGUUUGGCAACUUAUACCGAACGCCUGACAUAGUGAAAUACACCACACAGUAG